UGCGGGAGCUCCCAGCGUGGGACUCGGUCCCUCUGUGACGCAGGCGCGGGCGCGGGAGAGGCGGAGCCGAGCCUGAGGGAGCUCCACUCCCGCGGAGGCAGCCGAGGCCGGGGGCGUGUCCUGGGCGGGGCUCUGCCCCGCCCCGCCCGGUCUUGGAGUGGUGGCCCGCGCCGGGAGAGCCUGGCCCCGGGAUGCCACACACAACACAGCUGUACCAGCAUGUGCCCGAGUCGCACUGGCCCAUCGUGUACUCGCCCCGCUACAACAUAACCUUCAUGGGCCUGGAGAAGCUGCACCCUUUUGACGCGGGAAAAUGGGGCAAAGUGAUCAGCUUCCUAAAAGAGGAGAAGCUUGUGUCAGACGGCAUGCUGGUGGAGGCGCGGGAGGCCUCCGACGAGGACCUGCUGGUGGUGCACACGAGACGCUAUCUCAACGAGCUGAAGUGGUCCUUUGCUGUCGCGACCAUCACAGAAAUCCCCCCUGUCAUCUUUCUCCCCAACUUCCUUGUGCAGAGGAAGGUGCUGAAGCCCCUUCGGACCCAGACGGGAGGAACCAUAAUGGCGGGGAAGCUGGCGGUGGAGCGAGGCUGGGCCAUCAAUGUGGGUGGCGGCUUCCACCACUGCUCCAGUGACCGUGGUGGGGGCUUCUGCGCCUACGCGGACAUCACGCUGGCCAUCAAGUUUCUGUUUGAGCGUGUGGAGGGCGUCUCCAGGGCCACCAUUGUUGAUCUCGACGCCCAUCAGGGCAAUGGGCAUGAACGGGACUUCAUGGGUGACAAGCGUGUGUAUAUAAUGGACGUCUACAACCGCCACAUCUACCCCGGGGACCGCUUCGCCAAGCAGGCCAUCAAGCGAAAGGUGGAGCUGGAGUGGGGCACGGAGGAUGAUGAGUACCUGGGUAAAGUGAGAGGAACUCGAGAAAGCCCUCAGGAGCACCCACCUGACGUGGUGGUAUACAACGCAGGCACCGACAUCCUCGAGGGGGACCGUCUUGGGGGCCUGUCCAUCAGCCCACAGGGCAUCGUGAAGCGGGAUGAACUGGUGUUCCGGACGGUCCGCGGCCGCCACGUGCCCAUCCUCAUGGUAACAGGUGGGUACCAGAAGCGCACUGCCCGCAUCAUCGCCGACUCCAUCCUGAAUUUGUACAGCCUGGGGCUUAUCGGAUCUGAGUCACCCAGCAUUUCAGCCCAGAACUCAGACACCCCUCUGCUACCCCCAGAGGUGCCCUGACUGCACUGCCCUCGGAACGGCUCCCUGCCUGCCGCCUGCCCGCCCACCUCUCAGUGCUUCCCUUUUCUAACCACAUGGGGCAGGGGCCUGUCCCUCACUGGGCCUGCCUUGGGGGCCUGGUAGGCACCUCCUCCAGUGUCCCCACUGGGUUUUGGCGGUCUCCGGGCCUCUCGGGCAGGGGCAGAAGGCAGGGCCUGAAGACCGCACAUGGGUUUGUGGGUCUGGUCAGGCAGUCCAACCAAGGAGGAGGAAGGGCCGAGGCUCGGGGGCUGCUGCAAGGGCGCCCAGGGGUUCCAGUGCUCUGCGUUUCAAAGAAGUCAGACCGUGUCAGACCAAGGAAGCUUCCAUCUCUGCCAUGGUUGGGCCUCCCCCUCUUAAGUCAAGCGAUUUGCUCCCCCUCUCCUUGCCUCAGACAGGGCACGAGGAGGGGGGAAUCCAUGUGGGUGGGCCUGAAAGCUGGGUACUGGAGCCAGGCCUCUGGGGGGCAGGGGGUCCUGGAUUCCCAGCCAGCAGGCAGGGGCCCUGGUCCUGGAUGUGAGUGGCAGCAAGGAAGGGGAUGCAGGUGGAUUUCCCUGUGUGGUGUUCCCCUUCAAUAAAGCAGGGACUGGACCCACCUUCCCAGAGCCCUUCAGUGAAGAUAAGUGAAGGGGAGGCCUGAGAAGCCCCAAAUCCCUGCUUCCACAAUGGUCUCUAGCUGUUCAGUGAGGAGGUUUAGAAAAACACUCAAGGCUUAAUGGGGCUGCUGACCCCGUCGGGAGGGGGCAGGGGAAGAUGCGGCCCAGACAGAAAUUGGGGAUGGCGCAGGUGGUCAAGGCAGGUCCUGCAGGAAUUGAGGCCCCAGGUAGGGCCUGAGGUGCUGGUGAGGCCAGGGUGGGGUUUCUGAGGGAGAGCAGGGGGUCUCCUUCCAGGUCUGUAGGUUGUAAGGGUGGGGGCUAGGGUGGGGUCCUGGGUGGGCUGCAGCCUCCACUGUCCUCACCCAGAAUGCACAGGGCCCUGAUCGCGCUGCGUCCAGGGAUCCCAAGUGAGCCCCGACCUUGUCCCCAUUCCACUCAGGGGACUCAGGCCCCCCAGAAGCUGGGUGGGGAGCAUCCACUUCUCCCUCUCCUGGGUGUGUGCGUAGUGGACACAGGUGGGGCUGGCGGCAGGGGGAGAGUGGGUCAGCUGAGGCGUCCCAGUCCCAAGUCAACCCCACUUAGGGGAUCGUAUUCCUUACCAUCUGGGGGUGCUCCUGCUUUCUCCCACUUCCUCCCUCACACUUGCUCGCCGAGCUCUCUGCUGGAGUGGGGGUGGGGGUGAGGGUAGGGGUAAGAGUUCCAGAACCACAAGCUGACAAAAAUUCUGACCUGCACCAGACCUGAGGCACUAACCACACACUUGGAUGCCCCUUUCCCUGCCCCUGCCCUUGCGGUUGGUCUCUGUGUGUCUGACCUGGCGUCCCUGAUAUCCUUCAUCUCUACUGUGGGCCUGCAACAUCAGGGGAAAGGCAGGGGAUGUGGCGUCACUGCUGAACUUCUGUCUGUAGAGAACCAUAAAGGCUCUUCUUGAUCGGA